AUGGGAAGACAAAAAGAAAAGUUUUGGCAACAUGCUGAGCAACUUGAUAGUUUACAUUUCAAAUGCAAAUUUUGUGAAAAACAAGUUUAUGGAGGGGUCACUCGACUCAAGUAUCAUUUAGCUAAGGUUAGUGGUCAUGAUGUUGCCUCUUGUGAGAAAGUAUCAGAUGAUGUCCAAGCAGAAGCUCUUCUUGCUAUUAAUUCUGAAUCAAGUAGCAAAAAGCGGAAGAGUUGUACCAGUGGUGAGAGUAUAGUUGGUUCUUCUCCUUUAGCUAUAACUAGUCAAAGGCAGUCCACAAUGGAGGAAAUGAUCCCUAAGAUGGACAAAUCAACUUGGGAGAAAUCUCUUCGUGAUCUUUUUAUUAAAAAUAACAUUUCUUUCAAUGUUGUUCAAUCGGAUGCUUUCAUCAAUUUUGUGAAGUGCACAACCCGUUAUGGUCCUAGUGUUCCUAUUCCAAGUUAUGGAACCCUUCGUGGAAGAAUAAUUCCUGAAGCAAGAAAGGACCUUGAAAAAUAUGCUGAAGAAGUAAAAUUUUCUUGGAAGCAAACUGGUUGUACAUUCAUGUCUGAUUCAUGGACUGACUUGAAGAAGCGGUAUUUUCUUAAUGUGAUUGCUUAUUCCCCAGGUGGUGCUCUCUUUUUGAAGUCAGAGGAGUGUUCUCAUGCUAAAUUGACUGCUUUUUAUAUAUUUGAUAUUCUUGAGAAAGAGAUUGAAAGUAUUGGCCCAAAUUUAGUGGUUCAGCUAAUUUCAGACAAUGCAUCCAAUUAUUCAAGUGCACUUGAUAUGCUUACUGGAAAGUAUCGUUGGUUGUUUAAGACUCGAUGUGCAGCCCAUGUUGAUGAGGAGUUUCACAAAGAAGGAUCUAAAAUAUCCUUGCAAAACUAG